CUCUUUCCUUGGAAGUAUUCGACUUCAUGCUCAUGGCUGGAAAGAGAUAUACCUCUUACCGGUCCAAGCGGGUCAUUUCCACCACGAUUCUGACGAUCUGAAAUGUCAAGACUCUUCAGCAUCCGAAAAACAUGGAAACGGGAUGACAUUGAGCAUGCAAACGAGCAAGUUGGCCGUGAGAAUGACACCCGUCAUGUUCCAGCAACGUCCGGCUUGCCUCUCCUCCCACGACCGCUUGCGUCCAUGGUAUCGUUCAUGACUCAGUCGACUUCUCUAUCUCUCCGAAUAGGGACGCUUGUCGGGGGUGUUGCACUAGAUGGUGCUAGAGCCACAACCUUAACUGGCUUGGAGCUCAGUCGGGCAAUGAUAGAGGGAAUAAUAACGCGAGCUGGGCGCGACGUUGCUAUUCGGAGUAGCGGAGAGUUUGGCAGGGCAGAAGCAGAGUCAUUGCUUGAAAGGAGUCUGGCUACUUUGCAUACCACAAUUACCUCGGCAUCCUUCUUCGCCGCUGCGUCGUUUCACCUUUCCUCAGCCACACUCUCAUCCGCAGCCAACGUGUCUCAGUCCCUUCUGUCCACACUUGAUGCAACUCUCGGCUCCACGGAGUCGUCUAGAGCCAUUGCGGCAAUAGUAACCCUCUUUCGAAGCGAGCUCAGGGACCUGAACAAUACUGAAUUCGGGCACGAACUACGAGCUGAAAGAAUUGGUGUAGCCGAUCUAUUAGUUGGUUGUGUUGGGUUUGCACUGCUCCAGCGCUGGGGUAGGAAGAACACAGAACGGCACGCACGAGGAAUUGGUGGGGUCGAAUCCAUAUGGGAUGUUGUCAUCUUGGAUAAUGGUGUAAGGGCAGAUGUCGUCGGUACACGUCAGAUUGAACAGCCGAAAGCUACUCUCGCCGAUUUUUGUGAGGAGGCAAAUCGCUCAUCGUUCAUGACUACUGGAGAUAAUGAUGAAGUCUUUGACGCCGUCCAGCGGCCAGCAAGCAUUGCUGAUACCUCCGAAGAACCGCAUUUGCCGAUCUUUACCCAGAAUUCGCAUCAGGUAUCUGACGAAGACAUCCGCUCGUAUAUCAUGAGACAGUUGCCUCAAGAUUGUCGUGCUUCUAUAAGAACCGAUUUGGUCACUGCUAGGACUAUCACGGUUGAAGUCUUCGAUGAUAAUGUUGGAGAAAUCACUGCUCCGCCCGGUACCAUGAUGAUUGAGGAGAGACACCAUGAUGAUAUCACUUCCAGAUCGACCAGUCGGGGACAAUGUCCUAAACAUAUAUUAGUAUUUCGAACGGCCUUCACCAGGUCCAACAAUACCGAAUUGGGAUCAGCAAAUCAGCAGGCCAGCGUGGAAUAUCAGGCGGGCAAUGAACAGGAGCUUUCUUGUUCGCACCACCAAGGAGUUGUGAAUCAGCCAUGUGCCACAGCAACAACCGAUCCAAUUGAAUCAGCAAAAGAUACACUUCUGGAAUCUGAGCAAUUUCAACCCGAGGAAAGCCCAGAUUACUUCAGUACAAUAAAUGCUCGGAUUGUUAUUCCGAAUCCAAGUAAGCUUGAUCGUGGACACUCAACUCACCGGUAUGUCGACAAGCGAGAAUCACCAUCGAAAGACAAUUCUAUGAAGCCCUCGAUUUCAAAAGUGACGCAAAAGGUCAGAUCGGUUCAUAACGUUAAGAAGGAUUCUGGCAAGAGCUCAUCUACGAAGCCCUUCGCAGAUAGGGGAAAGAGUUCGUCAUCUUCUGCAAAUGCUCCCCAACAAGGCAAAUCACCCAAGGAUACUGCAAACACACGCAAGACAUCGUCACAACAGCGUGCUGCCAAGUAUGAUCGUGGUGGAGCUCACGAAGCAGCAACGGCAUCGCCGAAACGUGGUGCUUCGUCGCCUGUAGCUAACCGAGGCCUGCCUAGAAUCCCAUUGCACGAGCAUCGUCUGAAAUCUGCGCCUAUCCCGGAAGCACGCCAUUCUGAGGCUCGCAGUGCUAGCAACGCAAGCAAAUCUAGAACGGAGUAUUACGCAAUACAUGAGAAGUCAGAGGAGACUCUCAUUUCGCAGACGAACGCUUACGCUCCAGGAUCGCCGAAUACGCGGCCCGGCUCCCCUGCUGCAAGAAGGGCACAUGUGCGUAGUAGCAGCUCUCUAUCAUUGACAAGGUCGGAAAGUGAUGUGACUAUUUACCUCACCACGGAUGGUCGACCGAGCUCCUCUGUGUUGCAACACCAGCCUCGAACAUUAUCCCCGAGCUUAUAUUCCCUAGCCACUGCCGGGUCUGAAACGUCACUCAUACUUGCUCACCGUCCUCGGAAUAGUGCUUAUGAUGAAUCCGAAGCGCUUCAAAGUUUGAACCGGGACGGAACCGUACCGGGAAUUUUUCCUGCGAAGCACUUUGUGCAGAAUAUCAGACGGUUUUGCAGAUUUUCCUCGGCUUCAUAUGGGUCACAUGCUUUGAAGGUUAUGGGCGUCCCGCGAAUGACAAGUGUUCUACCAUAUGAAGAGGCUUCUCGCCCCGAGCAUAGUGACUUCUCUGAUCACACAGGCUUACCGGCUUCCACGAUUCUACUGUCUUCUUUUGUCGAUUCUGCCGGCGGCACCAAUGCUGCAGGGGAGACUGAAAGCGGAAUUCCCUUGGUUCACUACCUUUUCCUGGACCAUGAUUCGAAAGCUGUUGUCCUAACUUUGCGAGGAACAUGGGGCUUUGAAGAUAUUUUGACAGAUAUGACCUGCGAAUUCGAUGACCUUGAAUGGCAAGGUAGGAAUUGGAAGGUCCAUAAAGGGAUGCACGCUUCAGCCAAGCGUCUUUUGAUGGGAGGGGGCGGGCGGGUCAUGCUGACGAUCAGGGCUGCGCUAGAGGAGUUUCCAGAGUAUGGGCUAGUACUUUGCGGACAUUCGCUUGGAGGAGGAGUCGCUGCACUCCUUGCAACCAUGAUUUCUGAGCCCAGCAGUGAUGCAUAUGGGGCCUCAUUCACGACCACUUCCUAUCAGUCCACGAGCUUGAGCCCUACUGCAACGAACAGCAAUGACCAACCCGGUAACAAUGCUUUCUUCGUCCCACCCGGGCGGCCUAUACAUGUCUAUGCUUACGGGCCUCCUGCAACAAUGUCGCCUUUCCUGCGUCGCGCAACGCGUGGGUUGAUCACCACCAUCGUCAAUGGUCAAGAUGUGGUCCCUUGCCUCUCUCUCGGCAUUCUGCAUGAUAUGCAUAGUGUCGCUGUCGCAUUCAAGGGUGAUAUCUCGGGCGCUCGAUCCCACGUGGGAUUUCGAGUCUGGGAAGGCUUUAGGCAAAGUAUUGUGAAAAAGUUCUAUGUUGAUGAGCCACCUAUACUUACACACGCUGGUCAUGGUGUGGGAGAAGAUGCCUGGGCAUGGAAUACAUUGAAGAUGCUCCGUGAGGAGAUGAACGCACCCAAGUUGUUGCCACCAGGUGAGGUGUUCCUAGUGGAAACGAUGAGGGUGCUGCAACGUAACGCUUUCACGUCUGAAGUGAGCGGUGAUGGCUACCCAUUACUUGGUCGGCCUGCUACUAGAGCACAGUUGACAUUUGUUCGAGACGUCGAAGCGUCUUUUGGAGAACUCAGAUUUGGUUCAGGAAUGUUUAGUGAUCAUAACCCUGCAAGAUAUGAAGCAAGCCUUGCUGCGCUUGCCCGUGGUAUUUUGGAUGAGUGAUAUUUUUUUUGGCUAUAUAUCUCAAACAUAAAUGACAUCUAUAUUUGCAAGCAUAUCUUCGGGCCCCAAGAUAUCGGUUGGCUUUGGCCAUUUUUAUUUCGAGGCCCACUCCCAGCUUGCUCACAGCUCACUGGAUAAGAACAAUCAUGUACAGAUGAAUCUUGGAUAAAACUUGCAAUCUCUCGUAAAGACGUGGUGAUAUAGAAGGCAUCGUGCACAGUUUGAGUCUCUU